AUGGCAAUCAAAAUUAUCGAAAAAGGAGCUGAUCUUAAUAUUCCAAGUAAAACAGGUGAUUAUCCUAUCCACAUAUGUAUUAAAAAUAAUUAUCCUGAUAUUGUCAAACUUUUAAUUUCCCAUGAUUGCAAUUUGAAUGUACAAAAUAAAGCUGGUCAAUACCCAUUAACAUUAACAAAUUGGGAAACUGUUGAUGAUAAAUCACUUGCAAAACUCUUAAAGAAGAAUGGCGCUAAAGAUCUUUGUUUCGAAAAGAUGUGUGAAGAUAAGAAACUUCAAUUCGAGCACCAGGAAGCAAUCAAUGAAAAGAGAAAGCAAAUGCUUGAGCAAACCUCCAUUGAAUUAGACAAGGAUUAUGAAACAAUCGAAAAACAAAAAGAUGAGAAAAUGGCAGAAGUUUCUAAACUCGAAAACGAUCUUAAGGGUGCACCCGCAUGUACGUUUAUUUGA